GCAGCAGAGAGCUGCACACACACACACACACACGCACACACACAGCGAGAGAGAGAGCUGAGAGAAGAUGGGAAAAAUCAACGGCUGCCUCAAAUGUCUCUUCAUCUUCUUCAACGUCCUGUUUGGGAUCAUCGGGGCUCUGCUGGUCGUGGGUGUGGUCAAGGCCACUGCAUUCCAGCAGCAGCUGGCGAUUGCAGGAAAUCCGAAUCUGGCCUGGGGCUGGGUGUUCGCGCUCGGCAUGCUGCUGGUCUCCUGCCUCGGGAUCUUCGCAGGAUGUUCAGAGAAGGAGCUCGCCCUGAAGGUGUUUGCAGGCUGCAUGGCGACUGGACUGCUCACCAUGAUGAUCUUUGGUAUCAUUGUCGCUGUCCAAAGAAAUAAGUUGAAAACAAAUUUGCAAGAGGCGUCCUCCGACUUCAUCAAGCCAUUCAUGAAGGAUGACGCGGUCAAAUCCUUUCUCAAGGACCUCCAGCGAGACGCUAAGUGCUGUGGAGUGGGCAGCCCGAAGGACUGGGGCACCGACAUCCCAGAGAGCUGCGCUUGUCGUGGUUCCAACUGUAAAGCCAAACCUCAGGGAAUGACGGGUCCGGAUCAGAUCUUCAAAAUGACCUGCAGCGGGCUCAUAUUUGUCGUUGUGGACCUUGUCUUUAAAAUUGCCAUGGGAUUCUUCUUUGGAUUUGCUGUCACCGCGCUGCUGGGCCUGCUGGUCUCCCUGCUGAUGAUCUACCAGGUGCGUCGUCAUGACGGCGGGAUGGGAGGACAGUCCAUGGCCAUGAAGGGCUACUGAGGGACGACCUCUGACCUCUGACCUCUGACCCGGGGGUUGGCCCCUGGCCUCACAUGCACACAUUUACCCCGAGUUUUUUCUGCUUUAACGCUCUUUACAGACAGCAGAGCCUCACCGGCACGAAACGCUGCACUUCCUGCUUCAAACAAACAAACAAACAAACAAACAAACAAACAAACAAACAAACAGACAGACAGACAGAACAGGAAACAGGAAGCUCCAGAGGCAGAGAUCUAAAACCUCUUCAGAGCUGAGGAGCUUUGUUAGUGUCUGGACUCUGGAUUAGUUUCACUUCUUCAGGAAAAAAAAAAAAAAAAAAACACCCUGUGGCCUCACAUUCAAUUUUUUAUUUUUAAUUUUUAUUUUAGAGU